AAUCUUCAGCACUCAAGUGUGGGAAUAGAAAUGCGCAACUGCCUGCUGAUCAUCGUGUGCUUGGCCCUGGCCCUGGGCAUUGCCACUGCCACCGACUACUGCCAGAAGAGCUGCGGCGGCACAAAGAAUCUGGGCUGCGACAAUAAGGGGGACUGGGACUCUAGCUGUCCCACGGACGCCACCCUGCUGACCCUCACCGAUGACCAGAAGGCGGCCAUUGUGGCCCGAACGAAUACGUACCGCAAUGACAUUGCUGGGGGCUUGAAUGCCAACCUGAGCGCCGCCUGUCGCAUGGCCACCAUCAAGUGGAACGACGAACUGGCCAAUCUGGCCGCCCUUAACGUCAAGAGCUGCCAGAUGAAGCACGAUGGCUGCCACAAUACCGAUGCCUUCGACUGGUCCGGCCAGAAUCUCGCCUGGAUGGGCUGGUACGAGCCGCUGGACAUCAAGCACUAUGUGGAAUGGGGCGUCGACAUGUGGUACAGCGAGGCUGUGUACACCAAGCAGUCGUACAUCGAUGCCUAUCCGACGAACUACCAGGGACCGGCGAUUGGUCACUUCACCGUCCUGGUGGCCGAUCGCAAUACGGAUGUGGGCUGUGCCGUGUCCACCUACUCGGUGGCGGGACAGCCGUACAAGGCCUUCCUUAUGGCCUGCAACUAUGCGGCCACCAAUGUGCUGGGCAUCAAGAUGUACAGCUCGUGCCCCAAGGCACCGGCCACCAAAUGCACCACCGGCACCAAUCCCCAAUACAAGUAUCUGUGCAGCGCCAAUGAGGUCUACGAUGUGAAUAAUCUUUUCUACUGAAAGAAAUGCGCAUACCAAAAACAAUUAGCAAACAAAUAAAUUCGAAUAAUCUUUGAA